AUGAAUACUAAAAACGAACAAGACAUUCACUUGCAGAGAAUGAUUGACUUAACAGAAGUUAAACAGCAACGAGCUUGUCAACCAGACGCUACAUUGAAGAAACACUCAUUCAAAUAUCAUGUCCCUCUGGCAGGUAGGAAUGUACCGGUUUGUAGGGAAGGAUUCUUUAGACUCUACGAUGUAAGUCACAAGCGUAUCCGUCGCAUUAGAAAACAUCUCUUGGGAAUCUGGCUGGAAAAACGCCACAAGAUUUACGAGGAGAUUUACGAAGAAACAGAAGUGGUAAUAAAAUAUGUAAAAGUGCAACUGCCAAGAGCAGAAUCAUUAGAAUUAACGGUUUCAGAACUAUGGUCUUCUAAAUCAACAUCAAAACACGUUCCUAUUUUACCAGCUGGAAGCAGCACUAUCGAAGGUUCACUCAAUGCUACUCUAAUGCAAGGAUGUUCAACUACCUCAGCUGAUAAUGGAGAAGAGAGUACCAAACAUUGUGAAGAAUAUAAUAGCUCUAUUGAGAUGCGUAAUAUACUUGUGUCACCUGCGUUUGGGGAAAACGUCGUUGAUAGUGGUUCAGAUUUUUCUGCCGGCAUUAGUGAUAACUAUCUUCUAAGUGAUGAUGAAUGUUUAUUAAAUGUUAAAUCAACUGAUAGUGAUUUGUACAAAUGA